AGAACAUCACCGAGUUGAGCUAGAUGGGAGAGUCAUGCUUUUCUCAAUAUUUUAGCUUUUUGUCAUGGCUAAACAGUACGACGUGUUGGUCAGGCUGCUCAUGCUCGGAGACUCGGGGGUCGGGAAGACUUGCAUGCUGCGCAGGUUCACGGAAAGUGAAUUUAACCCUACACAUAUCUCCACUAUCGGAGUUGACUUUAAAAUGAAAACACUAGAAAUAGAUGGCAUCAAAGUGCGAGUACAGAUAUGGGACACAGCUGGUCAGGAGCGUUAUAAAACCAUUACCAAACAGUACUACAGGAGAGCACAGGGUAUCAUCUUCGUCUAUGACAUCACUAACAGGCUGUCCUUUCAGCACCUGGCGAUGUGGGCCAGUGAUGUGGAUGAAUUUGCUCCAGAUAAGGUGCAGAGGAUUCUGGUAGGAAACAAGUCUGAUGAUGAGCCCAGUAGGCAGGUGACAAAGGACCAAGGAAGCAAGCUAGCAGAAACCUACGGGAUGGACUUCUAUGAGACCAGCGCUUCUACUAGCACUAACAUAAUGGAGUCCUUCACACGAGCCACAGAGCUGGUGCUGCAGGCUCACAUGAGAGACGUGGAUGACUUGUUGGGAUCUCUGGAUGAUUACCUGGAGAAGGCCGCUCUGGAGUCAGAUAAAGACAAUCAAGAUUCGGUGGACAGCACUCGGAGGAGCUGUGCUUGUUAAGCUAUCACGGUGCCAUGGCCCAUGCUAAGACUAUUUCUACUAAAGUGAUUUGACUCUUCAACCCCUUCCUCAUACCAUGACCUGUGAGCUGGGAAGGCACUUGACUGGUUUGGUAGUUGAUACAGUCUGAUAAAUGCUGUUGCCAGCAGAGCGCUGGUUUUGUUGUUGCUUCCUGCUCUUGUUGUUUUCUUUGGUGAAGUGCACUUGAAUCUACACUGUAGGUGAACUAUAUUCCACAAUCUUUGCUAUUUUCUUACAUUUUAAGACUUCAAACACAUAUUUUCUUAAAUAGAUUAACUAAAAACAUACAGAUCCACAAAAGUUGAAUGCUUAAGCAGAGUAGCCUGAGGAUGGCGCUGAAUUAUUUACACCUCGAAACUCAAACCAAGCAGGGGCGGAUUCAUUUACACAAUGGACUUAUUUCCUCAUGGGAGACAGUGUUUUGCCUUGUUCAGUGACCUUUCUGGAUGGAGUACAUAUUUAUUUUCCAGCCUGAAUGUAAAUAUGCAAUGUUUUUUAUGACUCAUUACAUCUUGAACUAUACAUUCAAGCAGCGUUACUGCAGCUUAAAAUAAUAUUUAAGGAUCUACAAAGGUGCCAUACGAUAUGUAGUUUUAAUCUAUAAGGUACUCUAUUUAUGAAGGAUGU